AUGCAGCAUCCUCUGACGGGGGCCACCUGCGUGGCACUCCCCAACGUGGGCAUGUGUCCCCAGCUCUCGUGUGCCUUGACUUUUAUGUACUUACAGCAGGGUAAUCAGGAAGCAGCGGCCGCCCCUGACACAAUGGCUCAACCUUAUGCCUCAGCCCAGUUUGCUCCACCUCAGAAUGGCAUCCCCGCAGAAUACACGGCCCCUCAUCCCCAUCCCGCGCCAGAGUACACCGGCCAGACCACCGUCCCCGACCACACAUUAAACCUGUAUCCUCCUACACAGACGCACUCGGAGCAGAACGCUGACACAAGUGCGCAGACCGUCUCCGGCACCGCCACACAGACAGAUGAUGCAGCACCAACUGAUGGCCAGCCCCAGACACAACCUUCUGAAAACACAGAAAACAAGUCCCAGCCCAAGCGGCUGCAUGUGUCCAACAUCCCCUUCAGGUUCCGGGAUCCAGACCUCCGACAAAUGUUUGGUCAAUUUGGUAAAAUAUUAGAUGUUGAAAUUAUUUUUAAUGAGCGAGGCUCGAAGGGAUUUGGUUUCGUAACUUUCGAAAAUAGUGCGGAUGCGGACAGGGCGAGGGAGAAAUUGCACGGUACCGUGGUAGAGGGCCGUAAAAUCGAGGUUAAUAACGCAACAGCACGUGUAAUGACUAAUAAAAAGACUGUCAACCCAUACACCAAUGGCUGGAAAUUAAAUCCAGUUGUGGGCGCCGUCUACAGCCCCGACUUCUAUGCAGGCACGGUGCUGUUGUGCCAGGCCAACCAGGAGGGAUCUUCCAUGUACAGUGGCCCCAGUUCACUUGUAUAUACUUCCGCAAUGCCUGGCUUCCCAUAUCCAGCCGCCACUGCUGCAGCUGCAUACCGAGGGGCCCACCUGCGAGGCCGUGGCCGCACCGUGUACAACACCUUCAGGGCUGCAGCGCCCCCACCCCCAAUCCCGGCCUAUGGCGGUGUUGUUUACCAGGAUGGAUUUUAUGGUGCAGACAUUUAUGGUGGUUAUGCUGCAUACCGCUACGCCCAGCCCACCCCUGCCACUGCCGCUGCCUACAGUGACAGAAAUCAGUUCGUCUUCGUUGCAACAGAUGAAAUUUCUUGUAACACCUCUGCAGUUACGGACGAGUUUAUGCUGCCGACCCCUACCACCACACACUUGCUCCAGCCCCCACCUACGGCGUUGGUGCCAUGCCCCAAGGUUCCAGCCCCAGCACAGACUUCAGAGGAGCUAAGCUGCACACUUCCAGGCCUCUGCUGUCAGGCAGCUGAGAAUCUGCCUGCCUCUCCUCCCCUUUUACAAUUCAUGUUUAAAGUUAUAGUCGCCCAGGAGAGAAAGUAG